GGCACUAGGGCAUUUGGCACAAGGAUUUUCUGGCACAGAGGGAUUUGGGAAAAGAGAUUCGGGCAACAAGGAAUUCUGGCACAAGGGGAUUCUGGCCGCAGGGGUCGAUUCUGGCACACAAUAAUUUUGGCACAAGGGGAUUCUUGUACAAGGGUAUUUUGACCGCGUGAACGGCUGCCAGACUCUCGACCAGAGUUUGAACCUUCUCAACCGGCUGAGCAGUCUGCACAAGAUCCCGAGAAGUCGGUACCGUCUCCUGAAGCCAUCGAAGGUUUGGAGGGGAAAAGAUUUUGGAGGGGAAAAGAUUUUGGAGGGUAAAAGAUUUUGGAGGGGUUGUAUUGCGUGAAACUAUCCGCUAAUGAAAACAUUCGCACCAGUUUCGCUGCCUUUUGCGAUUACCCCUCCCAUUUUGGCGGGGUAAGGCUGUCGGACCCCGCUUUGGCACCCGACCUGGGUGAUCUCGUCCAAAUGCCUCGGGCAUGAAAGACUUACAAAAUCGCCGCAGUUGGGUGGUUCAGAGUGCCUGUUACACUUCGUGGAUAAUAGCCUUGUUUUGGUAUCUAUUUUACGUAUAUCUCUUAUCUUUGGACCUCUGUACAAGGUCUCCUUUGGUGUAUUUAACAAGGGCUUAGCCCACUAAGCAAAUACAAGCGAUUUGAGCCAUAUUGGAAUCAGGGGGGGCGUAUAUUAGGAACACCCAGGUGGAUAUACGAGAUGUUUUGUUAAUGAACAGUGGUGAUGGUACCGAGGCAAUCCGAAUUCAGCGAGAGUUGUGGUACACUCGUCAUCUAAAAAUUCUUGUCGACUGAGUUUACUAAGAUGAUUUGGGAGAGGUAAUCGGACCAAAUUCUCAUCUUUAUUGCACUUAAUUGCUAACAUUUUACAGUCUCCUGGACAUAGAGGAAGAUGUUCAACUUCAAACCAGAGAAAUUAACGAAAGAUUAGCAGCCUUGCCUGAAGUUUCCCAAGACCAAGUGCAAUUUACAGUCCGCAAUAUUUUACACAAAUUUGCUGCCGAAGCUGAGAAUAUGCUCGCUGGUAAAAUUCUCGUUGGUAAAUUCGCACUUCAAGGCCAAGACAGAUUUCACAACCAGUGGAGAAUCUUAUGCAAACAAUUUCAGUCUGCGUUAGAGCAGAUGCAACCUGAAUUGAUUUGUACUUACCCAUCGGCUGAUGGUUUUCCGGAUCGGCCACGGCUCAGAAACGAAGAACAGAUCAAUCUGGUGAGUGAUGAGGAUGAGGAUGAGGAAGUGCGUCAGCCAGCGAACAAGCGACAAGCACCUGACGACCAAUUCCCACGCACUCCUGCCAAACCACCUUUUCUCAACCGGGCCCAGACGCCGGUAACCCCAGUUAAACAAGAAAUUAUAGCUUCACCAAGUUUGAUGCAUAGGCUAACAUUACCGAACCAGAAUGCUGCCAAGUUCGGACCAUUUUCUCGAGAUGACCUUGAAUACGGACGCAAUAGCUGGACGAUAGCCGAAGUAAAACAGACCAUCGAUGAAAACGCCAUUCCGGGCCGAGUUUUGACUGCAAUGGAACCGUGGAAGCAUCCACUCGAGACUUUUCAUGAGACAACCUUCACCAUGUUAAGAAAGCAUAUGAACAAUGUGCUUUCUGAUGUCCUCAGAAACUACCAAGGCACCGAGCUCUAUCGCGCUUCUAAGAAACACAUCAAUGAGUUCAUCAGUUACCACGAAAAGAUCCAGCAGGAGAGGCUGAUGACGUUGUAUAACGCUGAGCAUGUAGCAUUGUUCACAACAGAUCUUCCGGGGUUCAAAAUUCACAAGCAACAAGCUCUCGAUAAGUUAAAUGCAGCAUGUAGGGAAGCCCGAGUCCAAGUUUGGUUACAAGCUCCUGCCAACCAAGGUCCCAAGGAUAAGGAGCAUAUGAAGGAUGAAGAUCUAGCCAAGUAUCUUCCGUACUCAAGAGAGCUCGAGGUUGCUGCAUAUGUUAUUGGCUACUACCAUCUCGCCAGAGUCCGGUUUGCUGAAGCAGUAUGCGGAAGUACCAAGGUUUCCCUGUUUAUGGAAAUGGAAAAGGAGAUCAAGUACUUGCUUGAGGGAAAGUUGGAGUUGAAUGUUGGGGAUUGUAAGUCCUGGAAUACUUUUGUUUGAUUUUGUUCUAAUACUGUUUCAGGCGAAGAAAAGUGUCAGAUGCUCUUAUUCGGAAAUGCACGAAUAGCUCAGAAACGCCAUGAAUUGCUCAAGAUGCAGGAGAAGCUAAAGGCUGCAUCCAAUGUUCUAGAAAGAAUUCGGGGGUUGAUUGAUUCUAACAUUGACGACUCCGAUAUCACGAUGCAACCUGAUAACGGUGGUAUAGACGUCGACCCAGUGGAGGGUAACCACGCUUGGGACCGCUGUGGUGUUGACGCACCAAUUGACUUUACCCGCUAUCGUCGUUGAUUUUCAAGUCAUUAGGGGCGGGAAUUCAGAAUUUGAUUGUUGAGUAUGUGAACAGGAAAUGGGGAGCUGGGCAUUUUUUUUCACUGUUGUAUUUUCCUAGAGUAAGAAUUGGGACAAUGAAAAUUCCUUGAAAACUUCAGCUUACAGUCUCGGAUCAGUGACGUAUAGAUAGAUACAUUGCUGAAGUUAAGAGAGAGAUGAAAAUGUUUCAAGAUGGC